GUCAAGGACACCUCGGAGAUUUCCUGUUAUAUUGUGCUUAUUGCAAAGCUGCUUCAAAGCGAGAAAUUUAUUGUGCAAUCCGAGUUAGGGAAACCUAUUCACGCUCUCUUUGAUUUGGCUAUUGAGAUGAAAUUAUUUGAGCAAUUGAACGAAAUGCUAGGCCGAUUUCAUGGGGACAAACUUGAAACAUUGAAGGAAGCCUGUCUUCAGUUCUAUGAGGACCUUAUCACGUGUCCUUUUUAUGCUCUAUUUCUGAAGGAAGAGCAAGCUCAAGCAACUGCUGAGGAUAACGCCGUACUCGGAACAAAGUCCAAAGAUAUUUUUUGGUCAGUUUGCCUCAACCCCCAAAGCCAUGUCCGAAAGAGUCGUUUCUGCGAUCCUAAUAAAUCAGUCGCCAUUUCAGAUAAGCCUUCUAUGUUUAAACCUUCAGAAGGCUCUCAGAUUGCAUUUACCAAUAAUUACAGCUCCCGGCCAAGCAAAAUUCAGCCCAUUUGUGAUUUGCUUGUCACCUAUGUUCGUCAUGACGGCAGUUUGAGUUGGCUGUCGCGUGACGCCUUGCUCCUUUUGGUUGCGACCUCUGCUGCUGAUGAGAACGCUGGUUUCCAUAUGGCAAACAAUUCAAAUUUGUGUGAGGUUCUAGUGACGGACAUGGUAUUGCUCUUCAAUAGAAUGCCGCAACGUCUUGCAACGAGUAAUUGCAUCGAUCAAUGGCCCUCGCUUCUUCAGGCGAUUAAAACUGAUGAAGACCAUUAUAUGCACAAUUUUUUGGAUCAUUUUGAGUUCUGCCGUUCCAUUCUAGACAUAUCAAACUACUUGGUGAAAAAAAACAUGUUGGACUGUCUGUAUCGAGGCUUCCUCUUACCUGUAUUGGCACCUGGGCUUUUAGUGUCUUCGGAGCCGGCAUUGGCCACGGCAACCAUCUACCUCGAACGCAUCCUUAAAGAGUCCAAAGGCAGCAUACUGCUCCCCUUCAUCUUACGUUUUCUCUUCUCGGAGCCCCAAUCGCAGACACCGAAGGAGUUGACUUCGCACAAUUUCUGGCUGGGUGUAACACAGGCUCUGGAACAGUCCUUUCCACUCUCUGAGGCGUCUUUUUACCAUGGAAUGACUGGCAGCAUCUCGGGUACCCAAACUAAGUCUUAUAUGGAUGUGCUACUUAAAAGAAUCCAGUACUGCAACACUCUGGUUGGUGUCGCCACGCUUUCGCUGAUGAACACAAUUGUGGAUCUGCUUUGUGAGGACGUCGCUUUUGAGCUAAUGCUGAGGUACCUCAUCCCAUUGGCAAACGACACCGCCUUGAAGGUUAAAGUGAGCACUCCAGAGUCAUUUUUUGCCUCAGCCAAUGAAUACCUCGCCCUCAUUCCGCCGUACUCCUCAAUCACGCCGCAUCCGCAUCAGCCGUUAACUCGCGACAACGAUUGGUGCAUCUUUCAGAAUGGCGAUCUCUCGUCUUCGCACAUCGACGAUGGGCUUUUCGCGAGGCUGGACGCUCAGGAGGAUGCGGCACGUUGCUACGAGCGGUCGACAGCCAGGCGACGAAUUCUCGGUUACCUACGAGAAGCGCGAAACCUCCUGAACGAGCGCAAGGCCGCCUGCAGUGCCUGGCGUUUCCCCUAUGAUUUCGACAGCCCCACCCUAGCACAGGCGUCGAACGCUCAACUUAGCGAAAACCUGUGCACGCCAUUGCCCCAAGAAGGGCUUCCAGUAGUCGGAGACCCGUUCGAUGCCACCACCAGGGAGGUGGUUAGCGGCACUCGUGGAGACGUGCUUUACGACCGUAGUCAAUGGGAACUUGAUGGUCUUGCUCAGGUAAUGGCUCAGCCCACCGCCGUCCCGCCGAACGACGAGGAGGACUCGAUUCUGGCCGAUCUGGAACGCUUCAGCGCUCUUCUACGCGAUCCUCCACCCACGAGGUACCUGCGCCGCACCAAGUCCCACGCCAAUUCGCGUCGCCAUCGAAGCCAACCUCGGCCAGUCCCAGACCCGGACGAAGUCAAGCGGACGUCCUCGCUCUACGAUAUUUCUUUCAUCGAAAUGGACGUCGACGAGACAAGCGAAGGUGCUGCUCCGUCGUCACCACCACCACCACCUUCGACAAUGAUGCCGGAUCGUAUGACCCAAUCCGUCGAUGCGCCGUUGCCUUUGGCCUCCUCCGCGUCAUCGGAUUUGAGUUUGACCGAGUCGACGACGCAUCAGUACUGCGACCUGCCCGCUGGCGUGGAAGCCAUUGGAGACGGCGGGAUUCCUGCUCUACUCCUCUACUUAGACAAGAUUCCUGACAGCGCCGCACCGCACAACGACGUGGAGGAACGCUUUGCCAGAUGCAUCAGUCGUUUUGACAAGGAAAAGAAGCCCGAGGCAGAACUAGACUCGGGAUUCUCUAGUGUCGAUUCCGGCCGACUGAAACCGACCGUGCUUCCAGACAGUGAAACCGUUGAUUCUCCCACCUUUAAUCCGGGUCCGUUUCUUGCAACCUUGAUGCAGUUGGUCUCGCACAUUCCUAACAAUCACCUCUACGCAAACCUGCUGAUCACACGUUUGGUGACCCAGGUGAUGGCGCUGCCGCUGCCCCUGACGCGGGUCCUCCUUCUCACCACGGGCUUCUGGGAGCCGCAGGUGUCCGUGGUUCGACCGUACGAAAACCGCCACGGCGGCCAGCUCUACUCCAUCCUGUUGGCUGUGCGUCAGUGGUUCGAUUGCUACAUCAACCUCUACUUUCCGCGUGCCUUCAAUCACGGCCCGGAGGAGUCGAAUUUUGCGAGUCUGGCCAACUCUGUCAGGAUGGCAGUUUUCUCCGACACGGAGGCUGGCAGUUCGAUUUGCAACGGGUUAUACUCAGAACCACUGAGAAGGGUGAAAAAGAAGUCGUGGAUAGCCGGUCUCCUCCAGAAAAAAUCUGGCGUGAAUGCGCUCCCAGCCGAGGCUACCGUCGUGGUGGAUCGGCAACCGCGCGUCUCCAGUCGGCCAGCAGACUGUCUCAGUGUUGACGCUUUCAACCUCGUCAAGGACGAGAAAUCACACAAUCUGAUAAUUUCACUUUUGAUUUUCGAGGAGUUCUGCCAGGAGUUGGCAGCUCUUUGCAUGGAGCAUGGCGUCAAUUUGUAG